ACGAGGCAGUCUGACGCCGGCCGUCGUUGCGAGCGGAUAUGUUGUGGCCCGUCCCACAUCCGCUUAUCGGCUACGCGAUCCGACGAACCUCGAGGAUCACCACGCGAAUUGAUCCGUGAUCUUACUACCACGUGUUUCUCAACCAUUUAACAUAAACAAUUUCUUAUUAAUCUUAUUAUACCUCUUUUACUGUUCGAUUAAAAUUAUUCGUUCAAUACUGUUCAAUAUAGAAUCGUGUUUAAUAAUUUUUCAUUAAUUGAAACCGGAAGUGAAGUAUCGAAGUGUGGCUAGGUGAGAAGUAUGUAAUUAACAGUGAUAUAAACUGCUUAGAGCGAAACAGUGAAAAUGGAUGGUGUCGUGUACUUAAACGACCCUUUGAUAGGGAAGAGUGUUGGUAUUUGAGUGUCUCCCGGUGGAUCCACGGAGCGGGGCUAAUUAGCGGUGUAAUUUCGACUUUCUGCGGAGUCGACAAGAAUUACGAGGCUCCACUGGUGUUGCAGUUUGCGAUCCCUGACCGUACGAAAAAAUCAAAUGCCGAGAACUUUGCUCGAUCGCCGUUGGAUUAUCUGCUCCUGUCGUCCCACGGAUCCGCUUUUAAUGAAAGCUUUUCUCGAUCAUACCGAACAUCUCGGAGCAACGUGGCCCCCGGUUGAAAUAUCUCCAGAGGAGCUCAGAGGAUCUUGGAAAUAAUGCGAGCGAAGCGUAUCGAGGAGACACGCUUCAGACUGUUGAGGUACACGCACCGCGCCAAGUGUCGGAAAAUCAUUUAGUCGUGCACAAACGAAGAGGAUAAUCGUGGCUGUGAAACGCGUCUGAUAAAACACGGUAAUCGAGCCUCGAAACCGAGAAGAAUACGUCGGAUGAUUGUAAACUUCGCUAUUGAUCGCGUGUCCCUUGGGAAGCUCGUCCAAUGGGAAUCGUUCUCUAGAAAUUGCCUUUCUAGAGACCUCGGUACACAAUUUUAACUGCAUAGAGCCUAAGAAACAGUUCCUCCGAAAAAUAGAAACACUUUGGAACCAUGGAAAUUUCCCUGAAUCUGAUGAUUUGUAAAUAGGUGUUCCGAAAGAAAAGAAAAUUGCUGAAUAACUCGAAGAAAACAUACGACGUACCCUCGAGUUGUCAGCAUUCCAAGAAAAAGAAAGUUCCACGAAGAAAAAGUUAUCCGUAACUCGCGGAACAAUUGAAGAUUGAAGUAAAAAGGGUGAAACUUUGUUGUCUGUUGAAGUUCACUGGUUACUUCAAGGUUAAAAUAAAAGAGGAAGAAACCUGCUUGAAACUCGAAGAACAAUCCUGUACACCUAAGAAAGAAAAUAAUAAUCCAAGAUAAUAAAGCGUAAGGAAAUUAUAUUUCGAGCUUAUGAAAUAUUAAAUUGCGUUACCAGAAAUUUUCACACCGCUAAAAAUAUGAUAUUCUUCGGUUUCUCACACCUUGAGAAUUGCUGAAGCAAGAUAAAACUGUUCAGAGAAUCAGCAAUAUCGCUCGACGACCCAAGAGAAAUAAUAAUAUCAAUUGUAACCCUGUUUCAAUUCAAGAAAACGGCAUCUGAACGUCGUAGGGCGCAGGGGUCGUACCCGACGGAAGUCGAGAAAUUCUACGUUGGAUGGGUGUGAGGAGAUAGGGAACGAGGCGAUUCAGAGAAGAGGUGAAAAAAUUCUUGGCUCAAUGGGGGUUUGGAAGGGGGUGAGAGGAUGAAAGGGGAACGAGGGUGGAACGAGCCGCGUCAGCGUGUCAGGACGAUUUCCUCGAUGCAGUAAAAUCGUGAUACGGAAAUGGGAACGUUGCUGGACGAUACGAGAUGAACGGGGCUGGACAGAGGAUGAACCGGAAGCGGAUGUCUAAAGGGAUAAAAGAGGAAGAAUCGAGCGGCUGACGCUUGGAAAUAGAUCGAGUGGAAUCCUGUCGUGGCGAGGACAAGUCGAUUUGGUGUCCGGCUGAACUUGAAUUAGAAGAGAAGGGGUUGACGAGACCGGAAGAGUCGGUGAAAUAAUUGAACCGGGGGCCACUGGUGUCCUGUAACGAAGAAAGAAAAAGUUCGGGCGAGGUUGAAACAGAAUUUCAAUUAGAAGGGGUUGAUGGGGUUCGAAGCUGGGACGAAACCUUUUUCUUCCUUUCUUUUUUUUUUUUUUGCGAACAUUCGUGUAAUUCAAGAGUUGGAACGUGUUAAGGGUUGUGAAUAGCCAUUGGCCUCGUUCUGUGAAUCGAAGUGAAAUUCCUUGUGCUAAUUCAUGUAUUUAAAUAGUCGGUGUUUGUUGAAGAAAGAAAAAGUGUGCAACAAUGAUGUGUUUUCAUGGAAUCAAAUUUUGAACUUGCCAAGCGGAAACCGGUGAACGUUGGAGUAUUCUAAGGACGUUUCGUUGAGGAAACAGGAACAUUUAUUAUAGGGAAAGGGUGGAAGGGCGAGAUGACCGAUUCGUCGCGCGACUGUUCAGCAAAGCAGUUCCAUUAGCGGGAUUCUACCGUCGGAAGAAACUGGGUAAUUAAAUUGAUCGAUCAAACCUAAUCCACCGGUCCCAGGGGUGGCAACAGCUUUAUCCAUUUAACGAGUUUCACAAAGAACGUCUUCUUAGGAAGCGACUGGUUUCAAAAAGGUAGAACCGAUGCACAAAACUGGCUGCCCGGUGAAAAGAAUCGAAUAAAGGGACAGGUACGACCGGUGCAUCCUAGAAUCUUAAGAAGAGAUUGAAGGAUACAAUAAAUGAAACUUGAGAUAAGACUAAACUAAAAGAAAAGAUACCAAGCAACAUCUACUAAAUAUAAUGACAAAAACAACUUCAUUUAUUUAAAAUUUAAAUCAAACUAUACAUAAUCUAUAUUUCAACCCUUUGAAAUUAAAAUCGAAGAUACCUAUACCAGUGAGUCAACUUUCAUAUGAUUCAGGACCAGACAAUGAACAAAUUAACUAGAAAUUUUGAAACCAACAUACCUAGAUAAAGAAUUCAAGUUUCAUAAAAGACCCAGUGAUUCUUUAGUUCCUCCAUCACCAACAAUGACACGGUUCAAGAUUAAUCAAUGAUCAAAUAAAUCAAAUCCACCGGAAAUUAAAAUCAAGGUACCUGUAUAAAAAUCUGCUGACUGAAAAAAAAAAAUGAUUAAAGGGUGAGACGGAACAACCCUUUAGUUGAGCAACGAUGACACGGUUGAAGACUAGUCGAUGAUCAAUGGUCGAUCGAUCGAUCAAAGGGAGGUCCGUGAUGGAGGUCCAGAUAUUCGUAAGGUGUCCUUCGUGUACAGUCGUUCGAGCGUCGCCUUCCAGGCCGUCGUUCAACCGGAAGUGUUGUAUCGAGCUGCUACGUGAGGAUCCCAGGGACACGCGGCAGGAUCUUGCCAACUAAAAUGCGAGAAUUGAACGCCACCGCAUGCGCUGCUUUGUACGAGCGCGUCGAGUGGUCCGGGCCCUGGAUUCUCGUUACAUUGAUCAUCCUGGGGAUCGUGAACGUGAUGGUGGUGUUAGGCAACGUGCUGGUUAUACUGGCCGUUUAUCACACCAGCAAACUGAGAAACGUCACGAAUAUGUUCAUUGUUAGUCUAGCUGUGGCUGAUCUGAUGGUCGGAUUGGCUGUGCUACCCUUUAGCGCCACGUGGGAGGUUUUCAAGGUCUGGAUAUUCGGUGAUCUAUGGUGCUCCGUGUGGCUGGCAGUGGACGUGUGGAUGUGCACAGCAUCGAUAUUGAAUUUAUGCGCCAUCAGCCUGGAUAGAUACUUAGCGGUGACCAGGCCAGUCAGUUAUCCUCAGAUCAUGUCACCGAGAAGAGCCAGACUGUUGGUCGCGACCGUGUGGAUCCUCAGCUUCGUCAUCUGCUUCCCACCCCUGGUCGGUUGGAAAGACAAACGGUCUCACCCCACGUACAAUAUGACAUUCGCGCAGAAUGGACCGUUCAACACUACUACCAUUCUCGUCCCUGUGAAACCGUGUCCUUGGAUCUGCGAGCUGACCAACGAUGCUGGUUACGUGGUCUACAGCGCUCUCGGCUCUUUCUAUAUACCGAUGUUGGUCAUGCUGUUUUUCUACUGGAGGAUCUACAACGCGGCGGUCUCUACCACGAAGGCCAUUAAUCAGGGUUUCCGCACGACAAAGGGCUCGAAAAUGCUCGGCUCCAGAUUCGACGAACAAAGGUUGACCCUGAGGAUCCAUCGAGGUCGAGGAAGCGUUCACAACGGCAGCAACAACGGUAGCCCGAGAAGUCCGGAGUCGAAUAGCCGUAGCUCGGUGAAAAGAGAGAAGAUAAAAAUCUCUGUCUCUUAUCCGAGUACAGAGACGUUGAAUACAAAGUGCAACACUCUCGAGAGGACACCCUCGAGAUGUUCGCAGACUUCCGUGCAUUAUAGCAACGGACAAACGCACAGCCAGCUUUGUCCCACCCCGAGGAGUACGCACCUCAAGGUGAGCGGUAUCAAUAGGGUCGGUAGCACCAGGAGGCCGAGCAGACGGAGCAGUUGCGAGAGUCAAAUGACGGGGGAUGAUGUGUCUCUGCGUGAACUCGCCCCCGGCCCUGAGGAGAAGCCUAGGGUGAUGAAAAUGGGCAAACGGAACAUAAAGGCCCAGGUGAAAAGAUUUCGCAUGGAAACAAAGGCGGCCAAGACGUUAGGUAUAAUCGUUGGAGGAUUCAUCCUCUGUUGGCUACCUUUCUUCACGAUGUAUCUUGUACGCGCGUUCUGCCCUAACUGUAUCCACCCCACCGUCUUCAGUGUGUUGUUCUGGUUAGGAUAUUGUAACUCAGCGAUCAACCCUUGCAUCUACGCGUUGUUCAGCAAGGACUUCCGGUUCGCGUUCAAGAGGAUUAUCUGCAAGUGCUUCUGCAAACGACGGGCUAAUACUUUGAGACGGGGCAGCGAUGGAAGCCAAUUAGCUAUGAGCCUUGUUUCUUUUAGAAACGACCGGAGUCCCAGCUACUCGAUCCGCGUACCGCAACAGGGUGUAUCGAUAGACGAUUCCGAUCCGGAUCCAAGCUCGGAACCGACGGUGCACUCGCAAAGCGAAUCUAGAUGACUGUAGCGUGCCAGAAGUGGCGCACAGCGCGUCACCUUCGAUUCAACCACCUCGAAAGUGAGGAUCCAGUCUUUCUGAACACUGCUGCCAGGUGUACGUGAACCGGGAGAACUCGUCGUGCCGCGAAAUCGAGCACGAUUCACCUUCGAGCCGGAUCACCAACGUGUCUAAUCAAUGAACGAUGAGACACUAUAUCACACGUGUUUAUUAGACAAACGUUCGAGCUUCUUCGGUGUCUUACUUCGUUUCCAGUGAAUUGCGUCCGCGUUAAAGAAGCAGAGAACGAUGGUUAUCGAAUAUAAAUAAUACUGUUUCAAUCGUGAAUAUUCCCCCUGUGUUUUAUGAACGUCCACCAUGGAACACUAUGGAGAUAAUCGACUGAGAAGAGACAUUUUAGAGAACGAAUUAUAGCGGUGAGCCGUGACGCUGGGCGAGCGCACAAUGUUGAGCACAAAAUCGUAAGGAAGAUCCAUUUAAUACGUACAGUGGUUUGCGUUAAUAUUUGGAUAUUAAUUAUUGCUUCAUAUAAUCAUUCACAGUUAUGAUGUAAAUGGGUACUUGACACCUUUGCUAUCGGUAUUCAAUUGAACAAUUUUUUAAAUAAUGUAAAUUCAAGUCUUGCACUUAUUUUUAAAAAUUAUGUAGCAUUUUUAUUUUUAAAUAGGAUAUUAAGAGCUCAUAUGGGAAAUUUAACGCUUGAAAUAUACGUGACGCUGGUAGCGAGGGUGUUAAACUAAAUUUCUGUUUAAUGAAUUCAUAAAAUAUUAAUUAUUGUAUGGUGUUGGAUAGGUCAGUUGCAGCCCAGAAUUACGAAACAUGUACCAUGGUGCUUCGACAAAAAUUAAAUGCUCAAAUUUCUAAUAAUAAUAAAUCUGACGGUUAAAAUUAAAGUAAAAUUGUCGAUGUCUCAGUGAGGUCCAUCCAAGGGUUACGUUAAACGAUUUAAUAUAUUGAAAGGGUUAAGCGUAAUUGUAAAUGAAUGUGUCGAGCAAUAACUACUUAAAUAUUAACGUUCGAAUAUUAAUGCAAAUCGCUAUGAUAUAUACGUGUACGUAUCGAUAUUUAUGUGUACACAAGGCUAUGUUAAGCAGCUGGUUAUCAUCUACAAUAAGUAUUCUCGUUACACUGUUGACGCCGUUCUAUAAAUGAUCCCUCUGCCCUCAACAGCUAGCGUUCGCCUCAUCAUUGUUUCCGUAGAUUUUUUACAAUUGUUCCUCGUUGGUUAUUUGUGAUAAUUACAUCGGCAACGUAUUGUUUUCAAUCUACAGGAUAUUUCAAAGUUUACAAUUUUUCGGUGAGAAGAGGAAGGUUCACUUUGAAAUAUCCUGUAGGAACGAAGAUACGUGUCGUAUGUAAGUGUUGUUAUAUCGAUGCUAAUUAACGAACAAAAUUUUCUCGGGAUUUUUGUACGAACGCAAUCGAUCCUUUAGCGAGCGUACAUCGUCGAUAAUCGAGGACAGAGGGACUGAUUGGGAAUCGAUUUCAUUGUAUUAUGUGAUAUAUCGUCUACACCAUACGUAACGGAACGAAUGGAAAUAAAUAUGCGAAUAAAUUCAUGAUCGUUAAAGUU